CUUGCAGACAAUUGGACAGACGCGAACUAAAUUUGCGCUGCUGCUGCUACUGGCGCCGCUGUCGCUGUAAGCAUUCGGGUUUGGGUAUUCGGGAUUUCCGCACUUUCGAGAACUGACACACCCGUCUUAAAACGCUGCAAGAUCACACUUUUUAGACUUGACACUCGCCGCAAUUGUGGCAUUCGCGUACUCGACAUUGAGGCGACGACACCGUCUUUCUUGUCAAAUAAAUUCGACUUUGUGCAAAUUCUUUGAUUACAAAUAAUAAUCCUUGAUUCACCCACAUUUGUGGUUCGGCAUUGUAGUGUACGUAUGUAAUACAGCUUAGCUGACAAAUAAUUUCCGAUUAAAAGUUGUAGAUAACUCGUGGUAUUUAUCCACACCACAAACUAACUUAUUGAGAGACAAGUGUUUUAGUUUUCAUAAUUAUCUCAUAAAAGUGUGUUUUUCCACUAUAUUUGCAGUGUAAACAGAAUAAAGUUUGUUGUUAAUCCAAAAGUGCGCAUAAUGACCUCAGACAGACUGAGUGCGAUCACGCCGAGUGGCCAAGGCAAUGACAAUUUCGGUUUGGAUGUUACCUUAGACAUACCAUCGAAUGGUAUGUACGCGGGCAGCAGUGAUUGUAUAGUGCAAGAUGAUGACCCACAAACCGAGCGCGGUUGCUGUGAAAAGUCGAGCGAUUGGGCCAAACGCACCGCCGCCAAUGUGUUUCGCAAAAAGACACUCUACAAACGGUUACCAAUACUACAGUGGCUGCCGAAAUACGACCGUGAUGAUUUUGUUGGUGAUUUGGUAGCUGGUAUAACGGUCGGUUUAACGGUGAUACCACAGGGCUUGGCUUAUGCGGGCAUAACAGGCCUAGAUUUACAGUAUGGUCUCUAUGGCUGCUUCUUCGGCUGUUUCAUUUAUGUGCUCUUCGGUUCCAGCAAAGAUGUGCCGGUCGGUCCUACUGCCAUCGCAGCACUGCUCGUCUAUCAAACUGCACGUGGUAGUUUGGAGAAAACCAUAUUACUCACUUUCCUCACUGGUAUAAUUGAAGUGCUGAUGGGUUUGCUACAACUCGGCUUUCUGAUAGACUUCGUGUCAGGGCCGGUUAGUGCGGGAUUCACGAGCGCCGUCGCGCUCAUCAUUUUUACUUCACAGCUCAAAGAUAUACUGGUUGUGAACACUUCGGGCGAUACUUUCGUCGAUAUGUGGAUCUCAAUUUUGAAUGAUAUUCAAAAUAUUAGCUGGAAUGACACAGCCCUGGGGGUUGGUUGUGUUUUCUUGCUAUUGGCUAUGCGUGCUAUGACUACUGUCAAAAUUGGACCUAAGGAUGGCAAAACGGUCUGGCAGAAGGUACUUGAGAAAACUAUCUGGCUGAUUGGCACAUCACGCAAUGCGGUGUUGGUGAUUUUAGUUACACUCAUGGGUUAUUUGUUGCGCAGCUCGGGCAUUGAUAUCUUCAAGAUGGUCGGUUUUGUGCCGAAGGGUUUGCCUGAAUUCAAAGUGCCACCAUUCUCUGUGACCACCUACACCAACUCCACAAGUGGCGAAGUUAUUGAGACACAUGAAACUUUCGCCCAAAUGGUGAGCAGUUUGGGUGCUGGACUGAUAGUUGUACCGCUGAUUUCUUUAUUAGAAAAUAGCGCUUUGGUGCAAGCUUUUGCCGAUGGCAAACCUUGUGAUGCCAACCAGGAGCUCAUCGCCAUUGGACUGUGCAAUAUUGGCAAUUCCUUCGCCCAAGGCUUCCGUGGCAAUGGACCAAUUGCUCGUGGUGCUGUUUUGAAUGCUAGUGGUGUUCGAACACAACUAUCCAAUCUCUAUACCGGUGUUAUUGUUAUAUUCGCCUUACUGUGGCUCACACCAGCCUUCUAUUAUAUCCCUAAAGCCGCUUUGGCCGCCAUCAUUUUGGCUGCCGUGAUCUUCAUGGUGCAAUAUCGUGUAAUCAAGCCGAUGUGGAGAAGCAAAAAAACCGAUCUGAUUCCCGGUAUCAGCGCCUUUAUUGCUUGUCUAUUGUUGCCGUUGCAAAUCGGCAUUCUCGUGGGCAUCGGCAUCAACGUCAUAUUUAUUUUGUACAGCGCCGCACGUCCGAAACUGCGUGUCGAAACUGCUUGCACGUCGAAUGGCAUCAAGUAUCUCAUGCUCACACCCGAUCGCUGCCUCAUCUUCCCAUCGGUGGAGUUCGUGCGCAACGUGAUCAACAAACAAGGCCGUAAGUCAACCCUUCCUGUGGUUCUCGAUUGCACCUACAUUUAUGGCGCGGACUUCACGGCCGCCAAGGUUGUCUCGAUGCUCAUAAGUGACUUCGAGGCGCGUAAUCAAAAGCUUUACUUCUACAAUCUUCAGCGGCGAGUCGCGCAGGUGUUCGCGGGCCUUAACAAAGGACUGAUUGUUAUCUACGAUGCUGAGCAUUUGGAAAUGGAACUUGCCGGUAAAGGAAUAGAAUAAGUGAAAAUAUAGGUUAGGAAAUUCUUAAGUAUUGUAUGUGUGUUCUGUAAGGCAGUUACUUAGAAAAUGAAUACGUGAUAUUGUUUGCAAGGAAUGGCGACUCUACAACACAACCGUUGCUUAUUUAUCCACAAUUUAUUCAAUUAAUGAAUGUUGGUGCAAGGGCAUGUCAGUGACUAGCUUAAAUAAUUAGUUUGAAAAACGAUUUGACACAUUUGUACAUACCAGUUAUAUAUAUCGAAACGUCUUUCUAAAUCAAUAAAGGCAAUAUAAAAGGGACGCAAAAAAUAUACGAAAUAUACAUCUAUAACAUGACAGUGCUGAAGCGGAGAGGUAACAAUACGACAUUACUUAAUUGCUUACGGAAUCAGUUAGAAAAUUUAAAUAUUUGUUGUAGUUGUUAAUAACAAAUUAUGUAUAUUUUCCUCAAGUCCUACAGCUGCCUGCUUGCCUACACUAUUUUCACUACAUAUGUACAUAGAAACAUAUAUAAAUGCAUACACUAUAAAUAUAAAGAUAAAAAUCUGAGUCAUUGAUAUAUAGAUAUAUAUAUUCAUACAUACUUACAUACAUAUAUAGGUCUAGUUAAUUUUGUAUAGUUUUAUAUACAACUGUUAAGUUUGUCGAUUGCGGUUAAGUAAAUGUAUUUAUUUAAAUAAUAGACGAUUAAAUAUAUAAAUAAAAUAAAUAUGUAUUAUACAAA